AUGAAGAUGAAGACGAAGAAGCCAACAAAAAAAACCGGAAAGGCAUCUGGAAUUGAUCCAUUCGCUGGGAUAAAAUUGUUACUUGAAAAGGACGACAUGAAGAAGCGUAUUCGACUCCGUCGCCUGCUAUUCCGCAGUCAUGAAGUUAUUGGGCGCGGCACGGUAGUGGUGGAGGCUGAAUGCAUAUGUGGAAACAGUGGAUGUGAAUGUGAUUGGAAGGGGCCCUUGAUAGUGAAGAUCAGCUUUCCAGCCACGAGCAGAGUUACGGAGGACGAACUGGUCAAGGAUGCUCUCAAACUCGCCACAGGAAAAGAUGGAGAGUGGGUUCAAAAGCAUCUUCCACGUACCUUGUGGUCUCACACCAUGCCUUUCGGCGAGAACACUCCACAAGCACGGCUAGCGAAACUGUUCGCCAUGGAUGAGAAAUACGAGGAACAACAUGCUUGCGUCACUGUGCAGCAAAAGCUUCAGCCUAUCCAUGAGUUGAAGACGCCCGAAGAAUUUGCUCAGGUCUUCUAUGAUAUUCUCCAAUGUCAUCGUUGGUUGUACAAGAUUGCUGAAAUUUUGCACCGGGACAUCAGUAUGAGUAACAUGAUGUUUCGGCGAGAUGAAGCGACGGGCGAGGUUUACGGUGUUCUCAAUGACUUUGAUUUGUCCUCGAGGGUUGAGGAGAAUCGCCAGGCUUCCUCAAAGCAGCGCACUGGUACGAAGCCACAUAUGGCGUACGAGCUCUUCGACAAGAUAUGGACUGGUGGACACCUAUACCGCCAUGAUUUGGAAUCCAUUUUUUAUGUCUUUGUGUGCACUACACGAGCCCCGGACAGCAAGUGA